UGGCAGAUUGAAGUUGAUCUUUGUAUGGUUGCCAGCUGAUUUCUGUUCUGUGUUAUAUUUUAUUGAAAUAUCAAAAGGAUUCAUUGUUAUUUACGUGAAAGUGAAAAAUAUGGGAAACUGGAAGCUGGAAGUCGGAAGGAUGGCUAUGUAUAUGUCAUUUCCUGUUGUACUCUUCCAUUACUUCAACCAACCUACUUAUUUUGAAGAAUGGGUAACCAAAACCAAACGCAAUAUUUUCCCACCUGAAAAUCCCCAGGAUAAAGAGGCUAUUCAGCAACUCAUCAAGGACAUGAGAACAAAGCAAAUUCAACAGUUUGAAGGAGAAUGAAAACUAAAUAUUAACCAACCUCUAUUAUAGCUUUAAUAUUACCUAAUUUUAUACUUAUGUAAUUCUAGAAAUAAAUAGCUAGCUAAA